UUUGACACUUAACCCAUACUUGGCACCAACAAGAAACAUUACUAACAAUGGCUUUUUUCAAGCCCAAUUUUGGAGUUCAAGAAGUUCCAGUGUUUUUAAACCAGGCAGGGCAGGAAUAGCAAGGGAGCAUUAUUCCUGCUUGAAUUCGGAAACAUAUUUUUUAGUUACUUAAUAGCUUGAAAGGAUACCGGACUCUCCAAAUUGACCUACCCAAGAAUGGCAGACUCCGUGUGUUCCUUAGAACGGAAAGCCUCCCCAGUCAACUGAAUAUAAAAGACAACAUACAAGAUCCAAGAAAAUAAGGAACUGAAAAUGCACUAGAGAUGCCUAAUUCAAGCACUCCUCUAGGAAACUCCUGCAGCUUCAAUGAGAUAAUAAGAAAACAAGUUCUUCCAGUUGCCUAUGGUCUGAUCUUUCUAGGAGGAAUCCUGUUGAAUGGGGUGGCAGCCUGGGUCUUUCUGUACAUUCCCAGCAAGACAAGUUUUAUCGUCUAUCUCAAGAACAUUGUGGUUGCUGACCUCAUCAUGAGCUUAACUUUCCCAUUUAAAGUUUUCGCCGAUUCAGAAAUUGGAUCUUGGCGGCUCAGUGUUUUCGUCUGCCGUUUUUCAGCAGUCAUAUUUUACCUAAAUAUGUAUAUCAGCAUAACACUGUUUGGUCUCAUAGGCUUCGACCGAUGCUACAAAGUUGUGAAGCCUCAGUUUAUCACAUCUUUCCAUACUGUUCGAUGUAGCAGAUGUAUCUGUGUAGCCGUGUGGGCACUUCAUAUAGUGAUAUCACUUCCCAAUACAAUUUUAACCAAUCAACAUCCUACCAAAAAUCUUUCGAAGAACUGUGUGAACCUCAAAAAUGAACUUGGAGUCCAAUGGCACAAGGCUUCGAACUACAUCUGCUUAGGAAUUUUUUGGGCUGUCUUUUUACUCCUAAUAGCCUUUUACAGUUCUAUAGCAAGGAAAAUAUAUCUAUCCCACCAAAAAUUCAGGAAAAACUCCAAACGGUCAAGGAAAAAAACCAAUCGGAAUAUUUUCACCAUCAUGCUUGUAUUUAUCAUUUGCUUUGUUCCAUACCAUGUUGUAAGAAUCCCAUACACAUUGAGUCAAACUGCUUCACAUCAUUAUAACUGCCUAACAAAAGAGGUGUUGUUUUACCUAAAGGAGCUUUCUCUGCUCCUGUGUGCUGCAAAUGUUUGCCUUGAUCCUAUUAUUUAUGUAUUUCUUUGCCAACCCUUCAAGGAAAGGUUGUACCAGAAAUUGCACCUCAAGUUGAAGGUGUCUGAGGAAUUAGAAAACUCUAGAUCUAAAAAGUCAAAUGUGAUUUGUGAAACAGUAGUUAUUCCAUAAAUUCCAACCAAGCGUCUGGAAACCAAGCCUUAUCAGGAACAGUUGAGAGAACUGGGUAUGUUUAGCCUGGAAAAGAGGAGACUGA